CGGCGACAAACGAAACCGAAACGAACGCUGGUCCGAAGUUAGUAAAGCGCAGAAAUGUUAGGCGUUCCUCGCCUUCCAGCACCGAGCCCCGCGUCCCCGGGAAACAACAGGGCGCUGGGUGAGUGUAUGUUCUGCCACGACCGGGAGCAGAACGCAGACACCGGGCAGCUGCUGAAGAUACCGGAUGAUUCCGUUAUUGCCCAUUACUACUGCAUGUUGUAUGCCCCUCUGGUUGUUACCAAAAACCCACCUGACCCCAGUGUCUUGUCUGGAUUUGAUGUGGAAUCAGUGAAAAAAGAAAUAAGUCGUGGAGAAAUCACGAGAUGUUGCGUUUGUAAAAAAAAAGGGGGAAUUGUUGGCUGCGAUGUACAAACUUGUAAAAGAACAUAUCACUAUUUAUGUGUAAAGAGAGCAAACGGCCAUUACGUUUUAGACGAAGAAAACGAGAUAUACAAAGUGUUUUGUUCAGAGCACGGAAAGAAAAAGAGUUCUAAAAGCAAAGUGCAAGUGGAAAGAGACAAAGAUUCCGAUGAUCCAGAAAGUAGUGAGGAAAGUGUGAAGACACCUGACCGGCCGUUCACUAAAAGGAAAAAGAGAGAUGGACAGACAAAUUCCGCAAGAAAGAAAAAAAAGAAAAGGGACAAAUAUAGAGAUGAAUUCGAUGAAUAUAGUGAUUCUGGAGACCUAACAGAACCAAUCCACACUCCUACGUUUUCAAUAGAAGCCCAAGAUUUUAGUGGGUGGAACUCAGAAACAGAUGAUGAACUAGUACCUUUUGAUGGAUCCAACAUAACCCCAAAACAAAAAGAAAGUAAAAUCAUUGCUUCUCUUUCAUCAGUUCAUUUACUUGAGGAAAUUGCAAGAUCACCAAAUGCGUGUGAAUCUAACAGUAGUUCCGAACAGGGCGAUUCUUUUUUUAACCCUCUUCCUAAAGUACUCCACUCCACUUCACUGAGUAGGACCUGGGCCAAGGAAAGUGCCAAGGAAACAGAGUCUGUACAAUGCAUCACCUCAGAAGAAGAGAACGUGCACAUAGAGAUGUACAAUGAGUUUGGAGGGUCAUUAAAAUUUCAAGAUACCUCUUUCGAGGACGAAAACAAGAGCAUGGAAGACACAGAUAUUGGAGAUAACUAUUCAUCUAGUAAGGAAGAUUCAUUUAGUAAGGAGGACACAUCUGUGAAGCAGCCUGCAACCAGUGUUUCAGCGUCGAUGUCUCCUGGGGUGCCACAGAACCCAAUUUCAGAGCUUCCGAGUUCCCCCGACACUCUAAAUGUUGUUCUACCAGAAUCCACAAAGUCUCCUGUUUUGCAACACACACCAAUUCUGAAGCCUACGGACACUUGUGAGAUAAAGAAGGCUUCAGACGCACAACCAAAGGGCUAUCGUAAUGUAAGAGUUAAUUUAAGUACCAAAUUCACCAGCUUUACUCAACAGCCUGCAAGUUCUCUUGGUGGAAACCGGGCAUUAGAUCUACGCUCUGCUUUGCCACCUGAAGUCAAGUCUUCAUCCGGGACACAAUACACAAACCCAUCUGCUGGCAUACCAGUGGCAAAGCCCACCAAGUCAGAUCAUUUGGAUUCCAAACGAUCGCCUUGA